AAUUGGCGGAACAGAUAAAUAUAAAUGUAUACAUAAACUUGCCCUUCACUCAUUCAUUCAAAACAGUGGCACUUUGCAAUGAAAUCUUACAAAGACUAACAAAAAGACGAAAGAUAUAAAAGAUAAUUAUUGAAAUCUGAACUUCAAAUCAUCCUAAAUUUCCCUUCACAUGACGUGAAUAUAUCAAGUUUUGAAAACCAACCUAUCACAUAAUGACUAUGCACGCAGACGUCGCUUAUGCAUAUUAGAGGCGAACAUAUCAUCAUGAGUUAUUACAAUACCACACCAUCGGUUAUCUUAAUGCAAGCUGAUGAAUCGUUUAUCCAACAAAAUAGAACAAUCAAUCCGUUUACAACUGAACCAGUUGAAAUUUUAUUGCCAAGUGUAAUUGCAACAACAAUUUUACUGGUCAGCAUAUCGAUUAUUGGUACCAUUGGUAAUAGCCUGGUUGUCUGGGCAUUUCGUAAACAAGUUAGUCAAGGUAUUGUCUCUGGUCUGUUUAUUCUUCUACUGGCAUGUAAUGAUUUAUUCAUCUGUUUAAUUGUAAUUCCCUGCACCCUGUAUUUAGAUAUUUGGACAGGGGAUACCACAGACUGGAUAUGCAGAAUCCACUUGUCAAUGAAAGGGUUUGUUGUACCAAUAUCAGCGUGUAUAUUAAUGUUAAUAGCCAUGGAAAGAUUCCUACUGAUAUGUUUUAUCCCCGGUAUACAAAUGAAACGUAAACAUAUUGUGAUAGCACUAGUGAUAAUCUUUUGUAUUGGUCUAUUAUGUGCUCUACCAAUGGGUCUACAUGUGACUGCUAUCGAUGCGUGUAAAGAACACGAUGAACUACUGGAUUUGAACACGUUGAAGCAUAGUUUAUCGACAUUUAAAAGUAAAGAAUGGUUUGUCCAGCUACGCGUGACAAAACGUUGUGAUAAAGAUGAGACAUACUUGAAUGAUAACUUAUAUUGGUAUCAUCAAAUCUGUGUGCUGAUUUUAUUCAUUGGCCUAUUUAUUGGUACAGCUGGUACAUAUGCCCUAAUAUUUUUAUUCGUUUGGAGGCACGAAUCAUUUAUGUACGAGAAAUAUGGCACGUCUAAAGCUGCAAAAGGCAGUUGGGUACGUAUACAUGCAGCGAUGAAUUCUUCCGGUGAACCUUGCAGUCCAGCAAUAUGGAAUCCGUUUAGAAAGCGAUUGUCAUUUCGUCAUAAACAGAGACAGAAUAAUAACGCCUGUAAUACUAAUAAUAAUAACAACAACAAUAAUAAUAGUAAUAAUGAGAAUGUACAAAACGUGAAGUCGAAACAACAAAGUUUAAGUCUUCAAAAUGAAUCCAAUGAAGUGAGUCAUGAAAACCUGAACCAGUCGCAACAAGAAGCAAUACCACUUCAGCAGGUCAGUACACUUUGUGUUAAUCAACCACAAGCAGAUUUAACGACUUCGACAAGUUUUGAGGCGUCUAAUCUAGAUCGAUUAAGUUGUGCAUGUUUAUGCGAAAAAGAGGGAGAGAAUGAAGAUUACUUGAAAAGUAUUCAUAAUCCUAUUUUUAACUAUCAAAAUGUAAUUCACAAGAGUCCUGGAGGUGUUGUUGCUGGGGAUAGUGAUGAGGUGGUUGCUAAGGUGAAGAAACAACCACAGUGUCUUAUCCAUCUGAAUGAUAUAAAGAUAUCAAGUAGUGAGAAAAAUAAAAGUCCAGUCGACAUGAAAUCUAAUUCCAAUUCCCCAAAACAAUUGACAGCAGCCAACCUUGAACGUCGACGUAAACCACAUGUACGUACAGCACAAACAUUGGCUUUAGUGGCUGUUAACUUUAUUAUCUCCUAUACACCCUAUUUAGUCUAUACAACAAUACCAAUACAAAAGAGGCAAGUCGAAGUAUUCAGGGAUAAACCACAUUGGACAAGUCAACUACGCCGUGUAUUAUUUUAUAUGUAUUUUAUUAAUUCAGCACUGAAUCCAAUCAUUUAUUCUUGUAUGAAUCGACAUUUUCGUGCAUGUACACAAAAAUUUUAUAAUGAUUUAAAAUUAAAGUUGAAACAUUGUACGGGGAAAUCACGUCUUAUGAAAGAGACAGUGCAUCAUCAGAAUAAUUCACUCCCACUGGAUAAAGUUACAAAUACAGAGGAGAAUACUGAGAACUAGCCAAGGAACGCAAACACACACACACACAUACACACAGAGGAAUCCUAAUCUCUCCUAUGACAUUUUUUCAUCUUUAAUGCUUUUUACAUCAUCAGAUAGAGUGUAUACAGUUCGAUUUUGUGUAUUUGGUUUGUAUUUUAUAAUAUUAUGUCACGUCAUUGACAGCUUAACAUUUAUGAUAGUAAUAAUAAUAAUCACAUUAUGUGUAUGUGACCUAUGUAUGAAUCAUUUUGUGAACAUAUUUUCGUAUAUACAUCAAUAUAAAUGCACACAUAAACACUUACAUUUAUACACACACAUGUACUCAAAGUGUUGUACAUUAAAAGUGAGUGUUUUUGAUCAGAACUCAAGG